CCCGCCGCCCACGUGACCCCGGGGAAGCGGAGCGGCGCCUGGGCGCUGCGCUCACCAUCACUGUCCUGUUGCACAGUGUGGUUCAAGAGCCAAACUUGAGUGACGCAAAACAUCCUUAACUCAACUCCGGAGGUGCAGAAUUGAACACAGUUUCUAUAUCCGGGCCCAACGCUGGUUGUGCAAGAUGUUGCCAAAUGCGGGUAUCUAUUACUUCCCAUGGGAGAUCAACGGCUCCAUCCCAGAGGGGGAGGCACUGAGGACAUUUGGCAGGUUAUGCUGCUAUGAUCUGGCCCGCUCUGAAGCUGUUCUCACUGCUCAGCACCGUGCAGCUCAGUACCGGCUCUGCAUCGACACCAGCUUUGUGGAGCCUUUCCACGCCCAGCUGGGCUCUCUCUACAUGGUGCUGGGAGAGGCCGAACACAGGGAAGGUGAGGGUCCCGUGGUGAAGGCCCGAAUAUUGACCUGCGUGGAAGGGAUGAAUCUGCCUUUGCUGGAACAAGCAGUUCAGGAGCAGAGAAAAUACUUCCACGAGAGGCAGCAGCGGAUGGGAAACGGCACAUCCUGAUGGCACCUCCGAGAGCCGCCGCGCGCUGCUCCUUGCAGCAGCGGUCCCUUCGGCUGGGAAGGAGUCAGCGCCCUAGCCUUUCUCAGCAGCGCUGACGUCUGCAAUAAAUCUUUUUGAAGUAUAUUUUGCGGGGGGACACA